UUUAGGCGGGUUAUUGUUUAUUGCUGGGAACCGUUAUUAGAAAGAUUACGCGAGAUAUUGUACAAAUUAUUGUUUUACUUAAAUCUUUUUGUGCUAAAUAAUAAAUUUUAUAAGAUGCCGAAAACUAAUGCCGAAAUGUGCCGUCAAUAUCGACGCAAAAAAAAUAAAAAUAAAAUUAAAAUUAAAAAAAAAACAGGAAAAAGUUCAACAGAACGUAGUCGUGAGUUUCGAGCGCGUAAAAAACAAUUAUUGAACAAUCAAAAUAGAUGUUCAAAUAUAAGUGUUAAUGUGACUGAUGUAAUAAAUGAGCAACCGCAACUAAGAAUGACUAGUAACCAAUUAUUAGUGACUGUUAACUGCAAAAUGGAGAAACCAGCCGAGGAUUCCGCAGUAGAACGCCUCAUAGAACCCAAGGUGGAAAUGCUGGACCCUCUAGAUAUCACAGAUGUCUGCGAUGACAACAAGGUCUCUAUCAUACCCAAAGAAGAGCUAUCCUACUCCAGUCUAAACUUGGAUAUAGAUUUGAAUUGUGACGAGAGAGCUGCCAAAGUUUUCCGGCCCAUUAAAACAGAAACAACAUUAUGUAAAGAAAUAGUACAUUUACAAAAAGUUAUGAAGUCUGAUAAUGGGGAAACUUCAAAUAUGGAUACAGAUGUGUCUUCGAGAACUAUGGCAAUAUAUAUUAAACCGGAGCCGGGUGAAGCGAGUAUAUCCGCGAAUAUUUCACCAACUCUUGGAGGUGGUCUUACUUACUCUUCGGCGCACGUCGCGCGAACUCACAAAACUCACUCGGGCGUAAGCCCCCAAAACACAUGCAAAGAUACUUUAGUAGUGUUUAAGAGCUCUGACAAUGCUCAGAAACAAUACGCGUGCAAGCAAUGCGAUAAGAAAUUUGCACGAAAAAGUCGCUUAACUGACCACAUGUUCACUCACACUGGCGAGAAGCCUUUCAACUGUUCCGUAUGCGAUAAAAAUUUCUCACUAAAAACUGGUUUAAAGAGCCACAUGAAAACUCACUCUACCGUCAAACCGUUCAGUUGUAGCCACUGCGAUAUGAAAUUCGCGCGCAAAUGCUAUUUGACAGUGCACACGAUGACGCACACUGGCGAGAAACCGUUUGACUGUAAGCUAUGCGACAUGAAAUUCGCUAUGAAGGCGAGUUUGCUGAGCCACACGAGGACUCACACAGGCGAGAAGCCAUACGCAUGCAAUCUGUGCGGUAUGAAAUUCACACAUAAAAGCACAUUAAAAUGCCACAUGAAGUUCCACACGGGCCACAAACCGUACGAGUGUCAUUUAUGCGAUAUGAGGUUCGCUGUGAAAGCAUAUUUGACGGUGCACAUAAGAACGCACACUGGCGAGAAGCCAUUCGAAUGCCCGCAGUGUAAAGAGAGAUUUGCCAGAAAAUGCCACUUGAAUGAGCACAUUAUAACGCACUCUGGCGAGAAGCCGCACGCAUGUAACCAGUGCGGCAAGAAGUUUGCACGGAAACGUCAUUUAACCGCGCAUAUAAUUACGCACUCCGUUAAAAAGCCGUACGAAUGCAAACUCUGCUUCAUGACAUUUGUACGCAAAUCUCACUACAAUGGUCACAUGAAAACGCACACUUUCGAGAAAUAUGUAUGCAGCAUAAAGUUUGGACAGACACCGAACGCAAAUGUUGAGAUACCCUCAGCGCCGGAAACUAGUGAAUUGGACCUCAGUUGCGUUAAAAAAGAAUGGGAAGUUCCCAUAAUGUAAAAGAUUACCUUACAUACGAAUUUUUCUAAGUUAUGUGCGUUUUGAGUAAUUAAAAUAUCACUUGUAAUGUUCUCAAAGGUGUGUGGAGUCCACCGAUCCGCACUGGGCCAGCGUGGUGGACAGCCUUAACCGGAUCUCCUCACAGAAAAGUAUUCUUAUAGAAAAGUCCUAUUAUAGUAUAAAGGACUACGUAAUCAAUAAAAAAGCUUGGGUGUGAA